AUGAUCAUUUUCAAUCAUCAACCGGUCGUCUCAGCCCAAGGAGCCGUAGAAAAGGGCCUUCCCAUCUUGCUCACCAGCAGCAAUGAUCAGCGCAUCAACAUCCCAAGCUGCUUUCGACCGCUCAAACAAAAGCUCUGUAUUGUCUCGCCUAAAAGCAUGUCCCGCCCUGUGUCAAAGUUUGCCGAAUGGCUUGCCAGGGCUCCCGUCCAAGACAAGUUUGGUCUUUGUGGGCUCCUCGCUCUUUAUCUUGGAGACGCUUCUUCCAGGCGCCAACGCCAGGCGCUCCAGUGGCUGGAUAUCCCAUCAUACUUGCAAGGGGGAGUACUUGCAGCCCUAGUGAUUGCCAACAUUAUUGCAAUCAGUCUUCAUGCUCAGACCUGGGCGGACGUGCAGAAGCGAGCCGGAUGCUUGGCGGUCACGCACCUUGUUCCCCUCUGCUCCGGGUUUAGCUUCAGCCUUCCGGCCCACGUCUACCGUGUCGAACGGGGCACGUUCCAGUGGGCCCAUCGGUGGCUAGGCCGCAUUUGCGUGCUGCAUUGCCUUCUUCAUGGGUCCGUCUUAGGCACAGUUGCUCGAAAUACAAGCCUUGAAGCUCCCCUCGUCAUCUCACUCCUGGCCGGAUGCAGUCUCGUCUCGAUCUUGCCUUGGACGCUCGCUGCGAUUCUUCGACGGUGGCCGCAACUCGGCCUCAAGGUCCACCAUGUGCUUGCUUUGAUCGCCACCGGCGCCCUUUUCUACCAUUUGAUCGACCGGGUAUCGUCCAACCGCUGGGUUUUACUAGGUGCUCUGGUUGCCAAGCCUGGGAGUAAGGUCCUGCUUGCAGCUUCCCGCAUUCUACGUGGCUUCGUGGCCCGGCCUGGACCAGGCGUGACCCGAAGGAUCGCACAAGCUGCGGAUCGUGCGCACUCGACGAUUCAUUUUCCGGUGUGCGUGCUGGGUCCCUACGGGCACCCACCUCACCUAGGCCAGUACGGGACCGUCGUCUUCGUACUUGAAGAUAUUGGACUCUUCCGCGCGUUGCCGUUCAUACGAUAUCUCGUUCAAGAAAGCCGAAGCCGGAGGAACACGGUGCGACGGCUAGAGGUCCUGUGGCAAGUUAGGCUGAAAAAUUUCAGU